UUAAACGCUGCUGCUGCGGUGCAGAGUGAAUGAAGAUGGCGAUGAGAGCAGCGCUGCGGUGUCUCUCUGGAAACUUUCCUCCCAGGCUGUCCAGACUCUCGCCCCCAGCGCUGGUUCCAGCCACUCGGCUGCUCUACGGGAACAGGAGCGGCUGCUGGCGGACUUUCAGCACCACUUCGGUCCACUGCAAAGGUAAAGAAAAGCAAAGCAAAACAAGCUCCAGUACCAGGGAGCAGGGAUGGACCCAACUCUCCAUGCGGACAGACAACCACGAAGCCUUAGGUGAUGUGGUUUACUGCGGGCUUCCUGAGGUCGGCCAAAGACUUGAACAAAUGGAUGAGUUUGGUGCCUUGGAAAGUGUAAAGGCUGCCAGUGAGCUGUACUCACCGUUAACAGGGGAAGUGACAGCAAUCAAUACGGAGCUAGCCGAGAACCCAGGACUUGUCAAUAAGUCCUGCUAUGCAGACGGAUGGCUGAUCAAGAUGACCAUUGAAAAGCCUGAAGAACUUGAAAAGCUCAUGGACCAACCUGCUUAUGAUAAAUUUAUUAAAUCACUGGAAGAAUAAUAAUAAUAAAAAAAUCUCACUAAGAUGACUUGCUAUAUAACUGCAGUCAAGAAUUAGCAGAUAGAUUUAACUGGAAUUCUUUGUGGUAUUUUUUUCUUUCUUUUAUGAACACUUGAAAGUGUGCUUUAUAAUUUUAAAUACCCUGUAACAUUUUCCAUGUUAAAGGUACAUUUUUUUUUUACAUCACCAGUAAAUCUGAAGGGCUCUUGUGCAUAGAAUCUGUCAGUAUUUUUGCUCUAUUUUUAAUAGCAGGCAAAUGUGUUAAAACACUAGAACGUUAUGUUUAUAAUUCAUUGAAUAAAACAUUUGGAAGUU